AACAUAAUAAUACGUAUGUGGCUGUGAAAGAGUAGCAAUUUUAAACAAUUGAUUUGUAGUCCUGGGAUAGGAGCGGAUAAUUAGAGAACAAUGGUUGCACUUGCAGCAAUAGCAAGAAGCUUCCAUUUCCAGCAACAUUCUUUAAUCAACAGCAAUGUCAUUGGUAAACCUUCAACAGCAGGACACCACUGGCUCAGGCCUGCUGCUGCAGGAACAGGAGUCACUCCACGUUGUAAACAAAUUUGUGCAGCAGCACAACAGCGACCCACAUGGCUCCCGGGACUUGAUCCCCCAACUUAUCUUGAUGGAACCCUGCCUGGAGAUUUUGGGUUCGACCCACUUGGACUAGGAGAGGAUCCUGAAAGCUUAAAGUGGUAUGUGCAAGCAGAGUUGGUUCAUUCUCGCUUUGCAAUGCUUGGGGUCUUGGGAAUUUUAGUCACAGAUCUACUUCGUGUCGCAGGAGUUAAUAGCAUACCAAUUUGGUUUGAAGCUGGUGCAGUAAAAUACGAGUUUGCCAACACAGGGACGCUCGUUGUUGUUCAACUACUCUUGAUGGGGUAUGCUGAAACAAGAAGGUAUAUGGAUUUUGUCAGUCCUGGAUCUCAAGCUAAAGAGGGUUCCUUCUUUGGAUUGGAAGCUUCACUUGGAGGCUUAGAGCCAGGGUACCCUGGGGGUCCUCUGCUAAAUCCUCUUGGCUUAGCUAAAGACAUUAAAAGUGCUCGCGAAUGGAAGCUUAAAGAGAUCAAGAAUGGGCGACUUGCAAUGGUAGCAAUACUUGGUAUCUUUGUACAAGCUUCAGUGACUCAUGUUGGACCAAUUGAUAACCUUGUUGAGCAUCUCUCCAAUCCAUGGCAUAAAACUAUUAUUCAGAUCCUUGCAAGUUCUAGUUCUUAAUUCUGACACAAGUACGUGUAUUAGUCUUAUGGAACUUGGACUGAUCCAUAAAACCAAAUUCUUUCUUUAAGCUUUGGAAGGUGACUCAAAUUCCGAUCCCUAGAAUGUUUUCCCCUUUUAAGUUUUCAUUUACAGUUGAUAUAUUAACUAAAUAACAAACUUGUGUAACUAAUAAUUUUCCAACAUCGUGAUACUUACUUUUCA